ACACAAUAUAAUUGAAGUUGUAUUAUCUAUCUCCCAUUAUUGUAAUUUAGCAAGUGACAUAUCUACUAAUAUGGUUUAUAUAAAAACAUAUACAUUUUCUGUAUUAGAUAAUAAAUUUGUUAACAACUGUGUAGUAUAGACCAUCAAAAUUACUAUGGACUGAAUAAACUAAAAAAGAUUAGAACCAAAAUAACAGAAUAAGUUAAGAAUAAAGUUUUGAGUAACCAUUUUGAGUAAGUAAUCAAGAAAUUUUGACGAUAUUUUUAGUUGCUUUGAAAAUGAGCCAUAUUAUGUGGAUUUCUAUAAUUCUGAUGGCUGUGUAUUUUCAAUUAGGUUCAGGAGCUGGAACUAUACUUGGAUCUGGUGUGUCACAAUCUGAACAGAACGCAAUUGUAAAUAUUCACAACAAUUUCAGACAACAAAUAGCCAGCGGUUCUGUUCCUGGUCAACCAAAAGGAAUCAAUCUUCGCCGUUUUAGUUAUGACAGCAAACUUGCCGAGGAAGCCCAGAAAAUAUCAAAUACCAUGGUUUUUCAACAUGUUGCUGUAAAAGACAGUCGAUUUUACGUUGGACAAAAUUUAUAUCUAACUUCAUCAACAGCUGCUGGAGGCCCAUCAGAUUGGAAUGCAGCAAUAACAGGAUGGUUUAGCGAGUAUAAGUCUUAUAAAUAUGAUAAAUGCUGUGCUGGAUUUGAAAAGACCGGACAUUAUACCCAAGUUGUUUGGGCAGAUACCAGGUACGUUGGUUGUGGCUACACAUACUACUAUGAGGCUGGGACUCAAUAUCCUUAUAAAAAGUUUUAUACAUGUAACUACGGGCCAGGUGGGAAUAUUGCCGGCUCCUAUCCCUAUAAAACUGGCACUUCGGGAUGUCCAAAUUUAUGUCGCUGAAGCCGAAGAUUUUCUGACGUGUAAUCCGUAUUUUUAUUUAAAAGAGUUAUAUUUUAGAAUAGACAAUUUCAAGCAAAGG